CGAUAAGUUCUUUAUCCACGUAAAUAUUCGAGGGAGGAAAAUAUUCCACAACAGUCACACGACGGUUUCCUCAGUUUGUUACACAUUCAUGGCGGAGGAAUGAAUUGGAGCAAAUUGACAUACAGCAGGAACUUAACUUAAUGCUCUGUCAGUCAAGUGAUUUGCCUGCAAUAUUUAUUCACAAGCAGAAGUCGCAGAGUGGGUGUAAUGAGCUAUGCGACUGAAUAACUUUUGUCAACUGCCCACCCUUUGGGCAUUCACCGUUUAUGCUGAGAACACGUCCAACAAUUUCCUGCAGAUCCAGUCCACUAAUUAGUACAGUCCUUCCCAUUAUUUAUGCAACGGCUACACCUAUGAAUACUGCCAUUUAAAGACAGCAAAACCAUGACGGGAAUGUUUCCUACGUAGGUAUGCAGAUUCAUCAGGGCAUAACAUCAUCAUUUUGAGAGAGGGCAUUCUGCCAUGUGUCCUGUUUCCGAUGAGUUUUCUUACAUACGCAUGCAUACCACUAAAAUACGUAGGCAUCUAAUUGUUGUUUUUUGCAUAAUAAAGCCUUGAUAUUGGAACAAUUACAUAAUUCCCGCAUGUAUAUAUAUAUAUAUGUACAACACUUCAAUAAGUGCGAUAUUUCAGAUAUAAUAAGUAUGGAUGUCUAUAUCCUAUCGUCAUAUACAUACAUAUAUAUUUGUGUAGUAUGUAUGUGUGCACUGAUGACAACACGGUUGACGGUGCCUUUAGUUUCGUAAAAACUGCGGGGGUAAAAAAAUCCAACACACUUGGUUGACAGACCGGUCCCAGCAUUCCAUUAUUCCAUCGUCUGAAUUUCAUAGAUCGUUGAAUUUUGGCAAUGGGAUUCGUGUCUCAAAUUCAUGAAUAUGACGACGAAAUGCUUCAUAGCAAUGCUUUAAUUUCUUCUAGUAUGAAUAUUGCAUGAAUAUGACUGUGGCACUAUCCAAAAUUAGACAUGCACGGGUAGGUGCAAGUAUUAUGUUUAGAAAAAUAGUUUUAUUUUCAGUACCAUAAGUUUUAAAUUUUAUAAUUCGACAAACAAAUUCAACUAUAUUUUCAUUGUAAAGAAUAAGUUUAACGAUUCAAAGAGUAAAUUCAAUGUUAGGAGCGUUUUCAGAAUCCAGAGGAAUAAAUUAAAUUCUGUGCAUGCACUGUACAAAAUCUUAUAAGAGCUAAGGUGACCUCGGAACACUGUCCGAAAGGUUUUCCAACACUAACAUCGGGUUUUCUAAGUGACUAUUUUGAAGUAUUCUAUUACGAAUUUAUGUCGUGUAAAAUAAAAUAGUACACAAUUCAUGGUGAAAGUGGCAUCAUUUUAUUUUUGCAUGCAAUCUGUACUGGACCAAUACCGAUUGAAUUCCCUAGUAUUGUAGUGCAAUGCCAAUGUUCCUAAGAUACCAAAAGUCAAGCAAUCGUGUAGUAAAAGGUAACUUUUAUCAUGCCACUGAAUUUGACUACUGAAUCCAGCAAUAUCAUUUCCGAUCUAUAGUCAUCCCCACUCCAUGGAUCAACAAGAAACCCCACGAUACAUUUGAAUUACUCAUCGGCAUUGAAUUAGUCAAAUUAUCUACAUUAAAUUAAAAGUCAGACUGAAAUUGUUUUUUACGCAAAAUAAACUAAUCAUGAGCGAACGAAUUGGCAAACAGAAAAACACACUUGAAGUUGCUCAAAAGUUGUCAACAAAGACGAGAUUCUCCACCGACGAGUGUCGGUCAUUACUUACUAUUCAUCAACGUAUUGCUGCUCUCGGAAAAGUGGAUCGAUUGCGAUUUCGAGAAGUUUUACACACUGCAUUUGAUAUCACGGAUGACGUGAUGUUGGACAGAGUUUAUCGGGUGUUUGACAAAGAUAACGACGGAAUUAUCAGUGACCAUGAGUGGGUUGAGGGGGUGUCCUUGCUUUGUCGUGGCACACCAGACCAACUUAUAGACUUUUGCUACAUGGUUUAUGAUAUCAACGGAGAUAAAUCAUUGGCACGAGAAGAGUUAUCUCACUGUCUGAAGGGGGGUUUAGUCCCAUAUGCGGGUGUCAUGAACGGAGAUGAAAUUGAGGAAGCUAUGCGCGAAAUUGUUGAGAUUGGCAUGAAGAAGUUAGAUCGGGACAAGGAUGGCCAAAUCACUCAGCCUGAUUUCACAAACGCCUGCUACUAUGAUCCCCUUCUGCUUCAAUCUAUUGGACCUUGUCUUCCUCCAGCAAGAUCAUUGGCUGCAUUUAUGGCAAUCUUUACUGAAAAUUACCGCUCAUAUUCAACAGAGUGGAAUGAUGAAUGGAAAGAACAACAACGAAGAGUUGAACUUGGUGAGAAUCCACUGCAAAUUGAUCGGACGUUUUCAAAGGACAAAACGAGUACGAGCAGUGUAUUGGUGGUCGGACGCUCUGGAGCAAAAUCAAAACCUCAAAAAAGCAAAGGAAGGAAAAAAUCGAUGUCAAAAAAUUAUAAGUAAUGAAAAGCUUCCUAAUUUACGACUUCUACUUCCAAAUCAAGAGUGACGAUCAUUCAUGACGAAAUAUGCACAAAAUAUGCACUACAAAUUAUUGUACAUAAUAUGGAACGCAAUGUUAAUGACGGCAAAAUGAAUACAUGUUUGUGCGUUUUAAAUAG